UCACGGGAUUAUGUCACAUUUCUACAUCCAAUCGUACGAAGAUGGGGCACGCACACGAACUUUAACUUGUGAAGGUCCAAGAAGUGCGUUACGCAUGGUGAUGUGAACUUUGUGAAGGCCAUGCUUGCCCUCGACUGCUCUCCUCAGAAUGUGAGAUCUAGAUCAAUCUGGGAGCAUCUCAUCUACUAAUGCAGAAGACACAUGUACCACAGGAGUCUGCACCUCGAGGUCAUGUACACGAGGAAUGAGAACUACGCGGCAAACAAGUAUUCCGCAUCGUCCCACCCACACAACACAACCUCGUCGACCUCACCCCAAUCCAACCAUGACGUGGAGCGUUCCAUACUGGACGGUAUCGUCGCCCUCUACUGCCAGACCCAUUCUCACUACUCAGCCCAAUGAUCAAAAUGCUACCCAAGCGGAGAACCGCAUCGAAUGGGAAGAAGUGUCCCCCGUGUUAGUCGACUAUCGAAGCUCCUCGAGGAAGCGAAGCAAGAGAAUCGCCGUUUUGAGGAGCAGGUGCAGUCCCUGCUCAACCAAUCUAUGACUGAGACAAGCAGCCUUCAAUCCAAGAUUGCGGAGCUUCGCCAGCGGAAUAAGGAGGCUCUCGCUGAGUGCGAACGGACGAAGAAAGAGAAAGAAGAUGUCGUCGCUACGCUCACGAAGAAGAAUGAUGCCAUCAAGGCAACGCUGCAGCAGCAAAACCAGGAAAUGCGGCAAGCCCUUGAGGAGCUGAAUCGCUCCAGCGCUCAUGCUCAAGCCGAGUUAAUGGAUGCAAGGAACGCUUUGCUAGUGUGCCGUCAGCAGCUCACGCAAAGCUCUGCCCAACUCGAGUCCUUGCGGAAAGAGCAAACCGCGAGGAUGAGUUUGACAGACAGAGUUGCUGUGCUAGAGGCCGAGCUGAAGGCCAAAGAUACGGAGCUCGCCGAGGUGAAGAAGCUCAGCUCGCAGGCUAAGAGCGCAAACGCUGCCAUUUCCCGUGAUGACUCGACAACCCUUGUGCAGGAAUUCAACAACAUUCGGGCGCUACUGGCAAAUUGUAUCCCAGAGCGCCCUGCGGGUAUGUUUAGUGCUAGUACGAUGUCCUCAAGCAAUGAGGUCGUCAGCGCUCUCCGGAAGCUGAACUCCGAUAUUCAUCAAGAUGCUACGAUUAUGGCAGAAUAUAUGGCAGAAUCCUUCGGAUUUGAGAAGGGAAAAGUGAACGGGAAUGAGGAGACGGCGCUAUUCCAGCAAGUGGGCACGACCAUUGGCCCAGGUCUCGUUCACUUCCUGGGCACCAAGAAUCAUAGCGAGGACCCUAUCCUCAUCCAAAUCGCUUUCCAGACACACAUCGCUCGGUACCUUUGUUGGCUCUCGACUGCAUGGAUUGCUAGCGGAGGCAAAGAAAGGCUUGGCUCAACUGAUCAGAGUAACACCACCCAGACAGUCACCACAGCGUGGAGUGCGCUAUCGCAUAUUCUCUCCAAGCAUCUCCAGUUCGAUGAUGCCCAGCUUUGUUCCGCAACUGCAUCCAAAAUCAUAGCUGGGCUCGCUGACAUUUUGCUUGUUGCGGGCUGUGAUGGCACUCGGCCGCAGCUUUGUGAUGCCCUAAAGCAAAAGUUCAGCGAGAAGGUUUCGCUGCUUGCGAAGUCUGGCAUGCGCAUCAAUAAGGUUAUCGCCAAUAGCAUCGAUCGGGGUCUUGAUGUCGUGGUAAUUAAACCAGCCACAUUGUUCGAUUCCACGUGCAUGGACGAUGGGUACGAUGAUGGCGAACAUGACAAGAAUACUAUGAACAACCGUGUCUUGUGUCCCACUGAUAUCGGGUUGCGUCAGCGCUCCAAGGGACCCAGCUCCGGAGGGAGGAUUCUGUUGAAGCCAAAGAUUGCUCUGGAAUCUGUGGUGGAUAACUUGGACGACUGAGAUCAAGUGUUUCGAUGCUUCCAUGCCAGUGGACGCUAAGCGUGAUUUUGUGUACAUCUUCUGUAUAUCGUGACAUUUCUACCUCGUGUUUCGAAUAAGUAUCUAUCUAUCUAUGUGUUUUCAUCACAA